AAAAGCGGUCGGCGUAUUAGAGCUGCAAGAACACGCUUCAAAUCAGAUGAGAUACCUUUAAGUACAUUGCACUACUUGCGUUGGAUUCAAAUUCAAUGGAGUCGGAGAAAAAUUUACAAGAAAGUAUUGAACCGAAAACAUCAGAUGAAGUUGCGAAGAAGCUGAAGAAGAUAAACAGAAGAUCAUUGAUCCUGAAUAAAUUGAGGUGUUUCGGAUCAACGGAUUAUGGGUACCCGACGGUGGAUGAAGUUGACGGAGAUGGUAACGUCGAUAUGCAGUCGGCUUCCACCGACAAGAAACACUCGCCGACUCACCUGGUCGUUAUGGUUAAUGGUCUGAUCGGCAGUGCUCAUAACUGGAGAUAUGCUGCAAAACAGUUUUUGAAAAAGUAUCCUGAUGAUCUUAUAGUUCACUGCAGUGAACGCAACUCUUCAUUGUUGACAUUCAAUGGUGUUGAUGUGAUGGGAAACAGAUUAGCCAAUGAGGUGGUAUCUGUUAUAAAACGUUAUCCGAAUCUUGAGAAGAUAUCUUUUAUCGGUCACUCACUGGGUGGCCUGGUAGCAAGAUAUGCUAUUGCUAAGCUUUACGGAGUCCAUACACAAGAUUCAAGAAUUGGGGGAUUAGUGCCUAUAAACUUCAUUACUGUUGCAACACCACAUCUUGGUACAGGUGGACAUCGACAGGUCCCAUUGUUUGGUGGGUCCAACACUGUUGAGAAAGUAGCUCACCAAAUAUCAUGGGUUCUUGGAAGAACAGGGAGGCACUUAUUUUUGACUGAUAAGACUCACCCACACCCUCACCCUCCUCUAUUGCUUCAGAUGGUCGACGAUUCUCAAGACUUGAAGUUCCUUUCCGCGUUGCAGUCCUUCAGGCGACAUGUUGUGUAUGCAAAUGCUCAUUUUGACCAUAUUGUGGGAUGGAGUACGUCAUCGAUUCGUCGUCGAAACGAGCUGCCAAAGCGUAAAAAUCUUGUAAGAAGCUGUAAAUAUCCCCAUAUAUUAAAGGGGGACAGGGACACUACAAAAACCGUAAAACAAGAAAGCCCUUUGCUAUUAUUGCAACCCAAUAAUUUCAAGACAGCCACAGCCUCCAUGGAAGAAGCAAUGAUGAGAGGGUUGACUAAAAUAAGCUGGGAAAGAGUUGAUGUUAGUUUUAAAGGAAGUAAGCAAAGAUAUUUCGCCCACAACACAAUCCAGGUAAACAGUCCCUGGAUAAAUUCUGAUGGGGCCGACAUCAUACAACAUCUGGUUGACAAUUUUCAGUUCUAGCCUGUACUCUAGAGAAUUAAAUUAAUGCAACUUUUGAAGAGGUGACUACACUUCAACAACAGAUUCUUUCAUCCAAUUUUGGGGCUCUUGCUCUUGUUCUUGUAUAUAUUUAUAGCUGCCAAUUUUGUAAUCUGUGGGUCAAAUGUGAUUAUCAUGCUUAAGUCUAGGGAUCUUUCAGUUGUGAAAAAUAAGUUAAGCCAAAAGUAAUUUUGACUCUAGCCCACGCAGCAGGUGUUUCUUUUGCAACUUUGGUUCCAGUUUAGUUUUCUUCUACUCACUUCUUGUUAGGCAGUCUCAUGGCCUAAAUAAUACAAGCACUGUUUUCGCC